CUCAAACCAACAACUGCUUGGUAUGUUGGAAGUUCUCAAAGUCGCUGAGACCGCUAUCAUUCUAAGUAUCGUCAUGCCUCUCCGAACCCUAUAUCUCGUCUCCUCCCGUAAUAGCCCCGGCCAGCGCGCACAUUUCUCAUUCUUUGUUCCAUCUGCGGCCUUCCCCAAUAUCGGUACCUCAAUACAUGUUGUCGGUGCGCCUAUGAUGGGUUAUGAGCUGGAGUUCAAACGGAACCACAACUCAUCUUCCAACGAGGAGCCGUAUGAAAUGGUUUCGAUUGGGCAAGUUGAUUGUCACCACAUUGCGGACUCUUCGGGCGAUCGUAAUAUGUUGGUAGAUCACACACCCAGAGAUAACCUGGAGGUUGCGGCCAGUCAAGUACCACCCCCUCGGAUCAGCGAGAACUUCAUGGCUCCUGUCAACGAUACCAUCAACAGAAGAUGCCAGGAGUGGACCAUGGAAUACGUCCAUCACCUAAUUGCUCGAGGCCUCCUCGGAGAAGAAGCAAUACAGAUUGUUCAGUCAAAACGUGAUCUGCCAGCUCAUGGGAUUGGAUUGCAGCCUGUAGCGCGACGAUUGGAUUGAGAGGAGUGGCUGGAUUGCAAGUAGGGACGACUGGUAUCUCUACUCUUUGGAUUUUGUGGAAGAAUACAAUCUAGGAAUCACUGCUGGUUAGUAUGAGAAAGCGUUGAGCUGGAGCAGAACCCGGCAGGAGAAGAAGUGUGUACUUACACCCUCGAUUGCCUGCCAUGUGCCCGUGACCAAGAGCGCCUGCCUUUUCCGUUACGAGCUCUCAUCCAUUAGUGGCUUCAGAUUGCCAACAACCCAACCCGUCUUUCUGUUAGUCUUCUUUGGCCUGGUGGUUCCUUUGCUAUACUCCUAAUAUCUUAUUCCGCUAUCAGAAAGGAGUCAUUGGAUAUAUCUUACUCAAUUGAACCGAUAUCGACAUUGCUG